CACAAGUGUAAAGUCACCACCAUCAGCAUUCAGCGUCAAGUUUCUAUAAAUACGCCACUCCUUCCGCUCAUCUCAUUGUUUAAUUUCACGUUCUUAGCAUAGCUUCUGCGGUGAGAGUUAGAGAGAGAGAGAGAGAGAAUACUCAUUUUUCUUUAUUGUUGUUUUCUCUUUUUCUUUUUGAAGGUACUCAGAAGGACGACGAAGACUUUAUCCCUGUGUUUCACUUAGCUCAACAACGCAGAAUUCAGGCAAAGGCCUUGAAGUUGGAGUGUGUUAAGAUUACUUAGGAGUUGCUGUCUUGACUGAAGGAAUGGAGGUAUAUGGCAAAUCUAUGGUUGCAGGUCCUGCAAAUGUUAUUUUUCUGUCGGGUAUAAUGGGCCGAGAUGGUCAAAUUCCUGGUCACAAAUGCGACUGGAAAUGUCAAAAUGAACAUGUUUGUGGAAACAUGUAUCUCUGCAAGCUAACUGGGCUCACUCACAUCUGUGAUAAAAACUGUAACCAGAGAAUUCUGUAUGACAACCAUAGCUCCCUUUGUCGAGCUAGUGGUCAAAUUUUCCCCCUUACACCGGCGGAGGAACAGGCCGUGAGAGGUGUUCGAAGGAAGCAUGAUGCGGCGGAGAAUUCUCCUACCGAGAGCUGUGGUUUUAAACGUAGGCGGGGCGAUGCCCAAUUCCACCCUUCUCCUUUUGAGAGAUCUUUCUCUGCUGUCAGUCCUAUCUGCAGCCAAGUUGGAGAUGGCAUGGAUUUGAGCUAGAUAUAUACUAUAUAACUGGAAAAAACUCUUUUAUCAUUGCACUUCACUUGUCCCUUUUUCCCCUUUUUCUAUUAGAUGAGUAUGAAUAACGGAACUUGAACAAUUAUUUGGACUGCUUAUUGGUGGACAUGAAUGUUCAUCUAUUGUAGGAACUCCUUAUAUUUCUAGUAUCAAUGUAAUGUAGUGCUUAAUGUAGCUUGACUGUUGAAUGGGGAUUUGAGCUGGCUCUAUUUAGUAUUCAGAUGGUUAUGAAAUCUGAAUUCAUUUCAGUUUCUGUUGCUAACCUUGUUGAGAAGCAGACUGUUGGAUCUGAAUGGUGUGCUUUGUAUCAACGAUGUACUAAACUCUUAACGUUUUCUAGCUGCUGUCAAGUUUCUAGUGUUUCUGUAAUCGCAGGGCAGAGCUAUUCCAGUAUUAGUGUACUCAUUACUAAGACUACACUACUGCUUCUGAUCUGAGUUGUAUUAUUCUACUCCUUUUAUUUCCCUCAGAUCCAUUAGAACAGCAGAUGAUUAUCAAUCAUAUCUCUUAGGAUGAUAACCUAAUUCAUAGUUGUGUUGAAUUUCUUUGACUUCUGUAAGCUCAGGUCUCUCCAGUUCCUCACAUGGACAAAGUUGCUGUGCAUGUGAAUGCUAUUUAUUUUUAUUUUGCUGCCUAAUUUCUUGUUCUUUUGCAGACACAACGGAGAUAAUAGUCCAUAUUUUCAUUAAUUCAUUUUUUGGUUAUAUCUAAUUCGUUCCAUGAGUUAACUGAUGUCUGGAUGUCUUCAGUUUAAUGUGACUUGUGCAGGUUUUGAAGCUUGUGCUACCAAGGAGCAUUCAAAACAUUUGUGUUGCAAAUACUUAAUGACAUAUUUUAAUAUGGAAUUGCUCUAUACUAGAAGUUGAAAUAUUGAUAUUUGUCUUCUUGUUUUCUUGUAGGUACAUGCUUAGGUACUACUAAUGCUCAAAUUAUCCUCUACUGAGGUUUAUGAUGAGAUAAAGCAGCUUCUACGGAGGGGAAAUAACAGUUGAUCAUAGGAGAGGUAUGAUGCCUCAACAAGUUUUGGUGGAUGAUGAAGACAUAAAGCGGAAAGUUGAAAAAACUGGCACGCUCAAUUUCAGUUUAGUUUGAACCUUUUGGUGUAUGACCAGAUGAAUUUGUCUUCCACCGUGUCAUGUCUUACCUGUGGACAGUGACAUUGAUUGAACAUAUUAAAGUGACUUGUUCGGGAUACUCCAAUUAUCAGCAGUCUGUCUAUCAGUCAACCCUACCCUCUAUAUUGGAGGUUUAAGUGAUUUUUCCUUUGUUUGAAAUAUGAAAUUAAGCUCUUCACCUCAGAGUUGAUAUUUUCUUUGAAGUUUUUUGCUUUUAGUCUAGGCAGAUUUUAAGUUUGUAUCAUGAUAUUUGAGUGCCACAGGCAUAUCUAAUCUCUCUGUCACACUGAAUGACCUUUUACAGUUUAUUGAUGAAAUUUGGAAUUGUCAAAGCUUA